AUGGAUCCUCUACAGUUCGCCUACCAACAAAACAUCGGCGUGGAUGAUGCUCUCAUCUGUACGUUACAGAGGGCUCAUGCUCAUCUGGACAGUGUGGACACUACUUGUGGGAAGAGCUUCAGGUACCAGAGUGCCCUCAAAAUACACCAGCGCAUUCACACUGGAGAAAAACCGUAUCAGUGCUCACAUUGUGGGAGAAGCUUUAAUAUACAGAAGAAUCUCAAAAUACACCAGCGCAUUCACACUGGAGAGAAACCAUAUCAGUGCUCACAGUGUGGGAAGAGUUUUAAUCAAGCGACUGUUCUCAAAAAACACCAGCGCAUUCACACUGGAGAGAAACCAUAUCAGUGCUCACAGUGUGGGAAGAGUUUUAAUCAACAAAGUAAUCUUAAAAAACACCAGCACAUUCACACUGGAGAGAAACCGUAUCAGUGCUCACAGUGUGGGAAGAGUUUCACUCAACAGAGUCAUCUCAAAAUACACCAGCGCAUUCACACUGGAGAGAAACCAUAUCAGUGCUCACAGUGUGAAAAGAGUUUUAAUAUACAGAGUCAUCUUAAAAUACACCAGCGCAUACACACUGGAGAGAAACCGUAUCAGUGCUCACAGUGUGGGAAGAGUUUUAAUCGACAGAAUGUUCUCAAAAAUCACCAGCGCAUUCACACUGGAGAGAAACCAUAUCAGUGCUCACAGUGUGGGAAGAGUUUUAAUAUACAUAAAAAUCUCAAAAUACACCAGCACAUUCACACUGGAGAGAAACCGUAUCAGUGCCCACAGUGUGGAAAAGGUUUUAAUACACAAAGUAAUCUCAAAAGGCACCAGCACAUUCACACUGGAGAGAAACCAUAUCAGUGCUCACAAUGUGGGAAGAGUUUUAAUACACAGGGUAAUCUCAGAAAACACUUGCGCAUUCACACUGGAGGAAAAGAAACAUAUCAGUGCUAACAGAGUGGGAACUGCAUCUAUUAAUUCUGUGACACAUCAAACUGCACCAAAUGAACAAACUUUUUAAUACUGCAUUCCCAAAGCAGUCAUCAAUUUUUCCUAUUAGUGUGUGUGUGAUGGUAUGUGAGUAAGUCUUUAGAUGGAUUGAUGCUUUAUUUAUUUAACUGUGGUGAAAAAGUAACUCAGGACUUUUCUGUCACUUACCCAGGAUAGGAUCUGACUCAUAUCACACACGUGUUCUGGACAGGAUUAAACAGAUCUGACCUGGUGUUCUACGGCACAGUGGGACAAUACCGAAACAGCCCAACACUGGCCCAGCACCAAACCACCUCUCAGUUAUGUUGUCAUUCCUACGGCCCAAAUGCAUCCAGAUGUCCUGGAUCAGUUAACUUUAAAUUACACUGUGUAAAUAAUAAAGACUGCACUAUUUAGUUCGCUAACAAA